AUGCACGAAAAAACUAUUACGUUAGAUUCAACUUCAGUCGAAGAGAUUAAAAGGUUAGGCACGGAGAAGCUCAUCGAGUUUUUAUGUGGACAAGAAAGUUUGCACCUUGACGCAGAUGAUUGUGCUAUUCUUCGUAAUGAAAAGAUUUCCGGUAGUGAUUUCUUCACAUUGACCAAGGAGGAAUUCAUGCAAGAUGGCUUAAAAAGAGGACCUGCGACAAGGCUCGUGGACUUUGCUAGGAGGAUUAAUAAAAUACAAGAACGAAACGUGGAGGCCGAUGGAGAUACAGAUGCGGAAGAGUUUGAUGUGAUUUCUGCUGAAGGUGUUGAUAAGGUUGAAGAGCUUACAAACGGCGUGAAAAAAAUGGAUUUUAAAGAUUUCGAUAUCUCUGAAGGAUGUAAGAAUGAGCUUAAAGAAUUACUUGCUAGGAUGCCCGUAGAUGGAUAUGGCAGACCAAAUCUUACCCUUCCUUUUCUAUGUCGCAUGGGAUACUUAAAAGAAGGAUGCACUGUAAGUUACGAAAAAAUUGAUGCCACUUUUCAUGAAAAUCCUGUUCGUCUUCACGUUGAUGGCACUGAAUAUGAAUCGAUCAAAAAAUUUGUGGAGAUGGUUAACAAACCGGAUUCAGUCGGUGGUAACGAUUACUCAAAAAUUAUAUUCGACGGUGUUGCUUGGGGAGAAAUUAGACACAAUAUAGGUAAACUCUAUAAGUUGAUGCAAAUAAUCAAUAAGGCGAUUGGUGAGGUGAAAUGA